GUAUCCAUCUGCAGACCCGCAGCACAGCCGUUUUAGAACCGCCGUUUCAGAACCGCUGUUUCAGAACCGGAAGUGAGGGGCGGAGCUAUUAACACCUAGAAAUGGCGGAGAGCACGAGACAUAUAACUAUUCAGAAUGGUGACGCAUUACCUGAGCUGCAGCAGUGCAACAAGUGUUGCAGCAAUUAUCACUGCCCUUUUUGCGCGGCCAGCGUGUUUAAGCCAGCCAAACUGGUCAAAUUAAAAACCCAUCUUCAAAGCCACUUUAACAAGGCAGUAGUCUGUGGAGGCUAUACUAUACACAGAUGUGGACUAGGAUGUAGACCAGCUCUACAUCACCACUGUCCAUACUGUGAAACAACAAUUUUAAAGAGAGGUGAUUUUGAAAAACAUGUACAGGUUUGCAAAAAAAACCCACCUCCAACUUCAGCCACAAUUCCAUCUCCAACCACUGCAGCAUUGACCACACCAGCUGUGAGAGGGACACCAUCUUCAACCACUGCAGUGCUGACCACACCAGCUGUGAGAGGGAAACCAUCUCCUACCACUGCAGUUCUGACCACACCAUCUCCAACCACUGCAGUGCCAACUACACCAGCAGUCUUCUCAGGAAGGGUUUGUGUAAGGCCUGUGAUCAGAAAAAGAUGCCCAGUUUCGGACAUCUCUAUAGACGAGCUAGUCCCCACAGACAUUGAGAUGGAGCAUGUUACCCCGACAUCAAUGACGGUCCCAACCAGUACAGAAACUGAAAUGGUGUGUAAUUAUAAAUGCCUGUCUGCCAGUAGAGAUUGUUGGGAUUGUGUGCCAACUCAUAGGCAAUCAGUAAUGCUUGAAUGGGCUUUGGGGACAGGCGACCAAGAUGAGACAAUUGCUGAAGUUGGAAACGUGGUUCUGAAAAGAAAAGAUUUCUGGACUCUCGGUCUCAAUGAGCAGUUGGAGGCAACAAUUGCAAACAGCUGUCUUGAAGUAAUUACUUUGGUCUCUAUGGAACGAGGAUUGGAUGUGUGGACAGCUAAUGCAUAUGUUGUGGUGACCUGGUUGCCUCCAACUAAUCUGGACCCAUCCUUGUCAUUUCCAGUGAGGCCACAAAGUUACAUACCAUUUACAGCAGUGACCAAUUUUAUUUUAACCAUCUGA